AGAGACCACUGCCUCUAAAAUGAGUCUCUCUGGGGAGGGAGAGACCACUGCCUCUAAAAUGAGUCUCUCUGGGGAGAGAGAGGAGGAGACCACCGCUUCUAAAAUGACUCAAGACACCAGUUCUAAGAGUGUCCAGAAGCUCAGAGCAGUGUCACCUACAACCAGCCUGCUAUCAAUGAAGAGUGAUCAGCCACCUGCUUUCAGCCAGGAACCAUUACCAGAUGACAAUAAGGAAGUGGAGAGUUUGGACAGUGAGGAUGUAUUAAAGAUCACACACAACCUUCUGGACAGAAGAAGUCAAACUCUGCUGACAGUCCAACAAGACAUUAAGCCUAAACUGAAACACCGGUAUCAACACAUAUCUGAAGGAAUUGGACACCAUGGAAACCAAAGUCUGUUCAAGGACAUCUACACAGACCUCUACAUCACAGAGGGUGGAAGUGGAGGGCUCAAUAAUGAACAUGAGGUUAGACAGAUGGAGAUGGCAUCCAAAAAACAAACCACACAAGAGACACCAAUCAAAUGCAACGACAUCUUCAAGCCUUUACCUGGACAAGACAAACCUAUCAGAACUGUGCUGACAAAAGGAAUCGCAGGCAUUGGAAAAACAGUCUCUGUGCAGAAGGUCAUCCUUGACUGGGCAGAGGGAAAAGCAAAUCAGGACGUUCAUUUCAUGUUUCCUCUUCCUUUCCGUGAUCUGAACCUGAAAAAGGACCAAUACAGUCUGAUGCAACUUCUUUCCCACUACUUCUCAGAGCUGAAAGAGAUUGACAGCAUUGAAGAUGGUGAAACCAAAACUGUUUUCAUUUUUGAUGGUCUGGAUGAGUGUCGACUUCCUCUAGACUUCAAAAACAAUGAGAAGUGCUGUGACGUCACGAAGCCAACCUCAGUGGACGUGCUGCUGACAAACCUCAUCAAGGGGAAUCUGCUUCCCUCUGCUCUCCUCUGGAUAACCACACGACCUGCAGCAGCCAAUCAGAUCCCUCCUGAGUGUAUUGACCAGGUGACAGAGGUACGAGGGUUCAAUGAUCCACAGAAGGAGGUGUACUUCAGGAAGAAAAUCACAGAUCAGAAUCUGGCCAAUGAAAUCAUCAAACACAUGAAGACCUCAAGGAGCCUCCACAUCAUGUGCCACAUACCAGUCUUCUGUUGGAUAUCAGCCACAGUCCUUGAGGUGAUACUGAACGAGGCAGAGAAGAAUGAAGUCCCCAAAACUCUGACCCAGAUGUACUCACACUUCAUGCUCAUCCAAAUCAUUGUGAAGAACAGGAAGUACAACAAAGCCACAGAGACAAACCCAAAGGAACUGUCUCAGUCAGACAAAGAGAUGAUCCUGAAACUGGCCAAGCUGGCUUUCCAACAGCUGCAGAAGGGCAACCUGAUCUUCUAUGAGGAGGACCUGAGAGAAUGUGGCCUUGACGUCACAGAGGCAUCAGAGUACUCAGCAUUGUGUACAGAGAUCUUUAAAGAAGAAUCUGGGCUGUACCAAGACAAGGUCUACAGCUUUGUGCAUCUGAGCGUUCAGGAGUUUCUAGCAGCAGUGCAUGCUUUAGAAUCAUGUCUGGACAAGCAGGAAAAUGUUUUCUCCAAAGCAGUCACUGGUGGUGAUGAGGAGGAUGAUGAUGAGGAGGAGGAUGAUGAGGAGGAGGAGGAGGAGGAUGAUGAGGAGGAGUCAAUCCAGUUGUCUGACUUACACGAGAUCACAGUGGACCGGGCCUUGAAGAGUGAGAAUGGACACCUGGACCUGUUCCUCCGCUUCCUUCUGGGUCUCUCACUGGAGUCCAAUCAGAAUCUGUUACGAGGCCUUCUGACACAGACAGGAAGUACAACACAGACCAAUGAGAGAACAGUUGAAUACCUUUCAGACAAGAUCAAGGAGGAAUCCUCACCAGAAAGGAUCAUCAACUUGUUCCACUGUCUGAAUGAACUUGGUUCCAACUCUCUAGUUGAAGACAUGCAGACCUCCCUACGAUCAGGAACUCUUUCAGAAACAAGACUAGAACCUGACCAAUGUUCAGCCCUGGCCUACCUGUUACUGAUGUCAGAGGAGGUGCUGGAGGAGUUUGACCUGAAGACAUACAACACAUCAGAGGAAGGUUAUCAGAGGUUGCUGCCGGUAGUGAAAACCUGCAAGAGAGCACUACUAGCUGGCUGUAAACUCACACAUAAAUCCUGUGAGACUCUGGCCUCAGCUCUGCAGAAACAUAACUCCCCUCUGAGAGAACUGGACCUCAGCUACAAUGACCUGGGAGACAGAGGAGUGGAGCUGCUCUGUGUUGGACUAACCAGUCCACUCUGCAACAUACAGACACUAGUACUAGCUGGCUGUAAACUCACAUAUAAAUCCUGUGAGACUCUGGCCUCAGCUCUGCAGACAUCAAACUCCCCUCUGAGAGAGCUGGACCUCAGCAACAAUGACCUGGGAGACAGAGGAGUGAAGCUGCUCUGUGUUGGACUAACCAGUCCACUCUGCAAGAUACAGACACUAGUACUAGCUGGCUGUAAACUCACAUAUGAAUCCUGUGAGACUCUGGCCUCAGCUCUGCAGUCACCAAACUCCCCCCUGAGAGAACUGGACCUCCGCUACAAUGACCUGGGAGGCAGAGGAGUGGAGCUGCUCUGUUUUGGACUAACCAGUCCACUCUGCAACAUACAGACACUAGUUCUUGGUCAGUGUGGUCUGACAGAGGGUUGCUGUUCAGAUCUGGCCUCAGUCCUGAGUUCACCCAACUCACAACUGAAACAACUGGAGCUGAGAGACAAUGACCUGCAGGACUCAGGAGUUACACUGCUGUCUGCUGGACUGGAGGAUCCAGACUGUAAACUACACACACUGAGUCUUGGUCAGUGUGGUCUGACAGAGGGUUGCUGUUCAGAUCUGGCCUCAGUCCUGAGUUCACCAAACUCACAACUGAAACAACUGGAGCUGAGAGACAAUGACCUGCAGGACUCAGGAGUUACACUGCUGUCUGCUGGACUGGAGGAUCCAGACUGUAAACUACACACACUGGGGCUGUCUGGCUGUCUGGUCACAGAGGAGGGCUGUGCUGCUCUGUCUUCAGCUCUGAGGUCAAACCCCUCCCACCUGAAAGAGCUGGACCUGAGCUACAAUCACCCAGGAGACUCUGCAGGGGGACUGCUUUCAGCUGCUCUGGUGGAUCCCACAUAUAAACGGAUGAAGCUGAAUGUGGAUCAUGGUGGAGAGUGCAGGCUGAAAUCAGGGCUGAGGAAAUAUGCCUGUCAUCUCACCCUGGACCCAAAUACAGCAAACCCACACCUGAUACUGUCUGAGGGGAACAGGAAGUUGAAAAGGGUGGUGGAGGACCAGCAUUAUGAAGACCAUCCAGACAGAUUUGACUGUCUUUAUCAAGUUCUCUGCAGAGAAGGCUUAUCUGGGUGUCGUUAUUACUGGGAGGUGAAGAGGGAUGGUGGCAUGGCGGACAUUGGUGUGGUGUACAAAGGACUGAAGAGGAAGGAAAGGGGGAGUGACCGUAGGAUUGGAGACAAUAGGAAGUCUUGGUGUUUAGUCUGUUUUGACAAAGGUUAUUUAUUUAAACAUGAUGGAGUCAACAGAUCCAUCCCUCGUCAUGUUUCUAACAGAGUUGGAGUGUAUCUGGACUGGCCAGCUGGUACUUUGACCUUCUAUAGUGUGUCCUCCUCUGGUACACUGACACACCUUUACACAGAACACACCACGUUCACUGAACCCCUCUAUCCUGGGUUUGGGAUUUACUCCGCCUUCUCAGUGACCCUGUGUCAGAUAGAUGACCAACACAUUCAGAGGUGAGUAGCAAUGUUUCAUCAUGUGUUUUCCUCUGGAAUCCUUUCUAUAAUUAGAUUAGUAGUAGUGGUGUGUAUUAAUGUGUUCUGUUGGACCUACAGACAGUUAGAUUAGUAGUAGU